GGCUUGCCGGCAGUACCGCGCGGCGCGACGGACUGAGUAGGUGUGUUGUGUGCGGCGGACCGUAGUCCGUGGAGCGAGCGGCGCUCGCGAGUGCAGUGCUUCAUUUUGAUACAACAACCCUCAAAACGAAUCAUCUGUGUUAGUGCUGUGAGUGACGUGAUAUUGUGUGAUACACAGUGCCUGGAUUGCCCUUGUCUCCUGCCGUCGUGUAAACAAACAUAUACCCUACUUAGAAGGACCUUCUUUUAUGAACAAGUGCAGGUAGCAGCGAGAGUGGACGGGCGGGGAGGGCGAUGGGGCGCGCGCCGCCGGCGGGAUGGCGGUGAGCUGCACGGAGGUGAUGUACGGCGCCUACUACCCCUACCUGUACGGCCGCGGCGCUGCGCGCUCCUUCCAUCACGCGCCGCACUUUCAGUAUGACCGGUUCAACGUGCAGAGUGGUAGCAAUGCAGGCAGCGAGGCGUACGGCGCCAGCGCAGGAGGCGCGGUCAGCUCGGGCUCCGCGUCGUCGGGCGCGCAGUCCCCGGGCGCCGGCUCGCCGCCGCACGCGCACCACGCGCACCUCGCCCCCAGGCUGCGAGCCAAGGAGGAGGAUCUGUCGGCCCACGGCCGCACCAGCGCUGAUGGCGGUGGAUCCUCGGAGUCGGAAGGCGAAAGCGGCGCAGGCGCAGGCGCCGGCCGCGCACGAGCUCAGUACGUCAGCGCUAACUGCGUGGUCUUCACGCACUACUCGGGAGACGUUGCCGCAGUCGUCGAUGAACACUUCACAAGAGCACUCGCGAUCGACAAGCCCAAAGACGGUGUCCCGAUGGUGUCGCGUAACUUGCCUGCAUCGUUCUUCAACGCAGCGGCUGCUGCCGGCGUGGCGGCGAGCGGCGCGUGUGCGGGCGUCGACAUCUACGACUACGAUCCUUGGCACCAGCAUUAUACUGGCUACGGGCAUGCGGCGCACCGGCACGCGGCGGAGUACCACGCGGCGGCGCAGGCGCACCACAACAUGGCGGCGGCGGCGGGCUACGGCGUCGGCGGGCUGCUGCUGGGCCGCUCCUCGCUGACGCAGUACAAGCCGGUGGAGUGGCCCGCGCACGCGCACGCGCACGCGCAUCACGCGCACGCGCACGCUCAGCAUCAUCCCUCGCACCAUCUCGACCCAGCUGCCUGCUCGCCCUACUCUUACCCACCUGUGCCAGGUCUGGAAGCACAAGUGCAGGAUACUUCCAAGGACCUGUACUGGUUCUGAGCGAGCGGCGAGCCCCGAGCGCCGAGCGGCGGCUCCCACGGCCGACCUGUACUAGAAGUGCGAGUUGACGGAGCCAGCUGGUCGUAGUUCUAGUGUCUUAGUGGACAAGCAGUGUAGACAAAGUAGACUGAUGUUCAUGGACAAAUUUCACUUUUCAUGGACUGAAAUGGAGUGAAUGGAGUGUAAAAAAUUCUGUAUAAGACGAUAGUGUCGCGUGUUCAGUGCUACAAGUUCAAAAGAGUUCUAAAGUAGUUAAUUAUGUUUACUAAAUAGACAUUUUCAAAAAUAUCUGUGGAUAUUUAUAUGGCGAUAAAUGAUAUGGUAAAUUAUGUAUAUCUGGAAGAAUAAUUCAUUGAAAGGUGCCUCGCGAUGGACGGCCGAGCAGCGGGGGUCACCUGCCGACGGAAUUUGUAAACAAUCCGAUCAGAUAUGAUAUGUAUAAUUGAUCAAGUUCGGUUUUUAAUUUCUGUUGGAAAUAAUUCAUACCUUGUAUAUACUUCGACAUAAAUUACAUUUGUAAUUAGUGAGAUUUAGUUCGGGCAUAAUAGUAUUAUUAGGUACCUACCUACUUUUAUAUUUUUUGAUUCUCUUAUAUACGGAAGCUUUAUAUUGAAUUAUGGAAUGGACUAUAGUGAACAUUAAUGCCCCAUUUUAAUCAAUGUAACACUGGAAAAAAAAACUUCCGGCAACCCGCGGCCUCGCGUCUCUGGAGUCCGUACCUGUUCUGGCAUCAUAGUUUUUGUAAUUCUUAAUAUGCACAUAAUGUAUCGUUUGCUGUUAUCGGCUUCCAUGGUAUAUCUAAGGGUUCGGAGUGAAAAUCCUGCAAAUUAAGUGAGUCGAGUAUUUAGGCCUAUUCAGUUAGCAACCUCCACUUUAAACCACCCUGAAAUCAGAAUGCAGAGCGACAAAUAAAUCGUCCCGGCUCCACGGCCACAUCUCAACGGAAGUGAUUUUUUAGAAUAUUUUCUUUUUUCUCUGAAUACUAUAAGAAUACUAGUAGUUUUGAUGGCAUAAUAUGACUGAGUAGGCCGAAUCGUUGCCACCGCUAUAACAGUUUCGGGGGCAACUGACCUUUAGAUUGAUCGAUGUAAAUAUGAGUAGUGAUAUUACUUUUAAAUUUACUGUUCAUAUUCAGUCUAGACAAACUUUUUGCAAGAAAAGUUAAUGGAAUGAAAUGAUAGCAAUGAUUGCCUCGUAUAGAAGCUAAGUUAUGUAAAAUCACUACGCUAAUGUAAAUAACUCUCAGUAUAAAUAGCAAAACAUAAUAUAGCUUAGGUAGAUGUAGCCGUAGCAAAAGGUAUGUAACGUUAGAGUUGUCGACCGCGAUCCUAGCGAGAAUGGAAGAGAAUGGUUGAGUAGUCACGUCGCUUUGGAAGCAGACAUCAUAUUAAUUUCUAUUUCAGCAAGACGUCGAUUCUGAAGUCAGAUGAAAGUCACUUGAAUUAUAAAUAAGGACUGUAACUUAUGUUUGGCUCCAUAGAUGUUAUUAGUUCAUUGAGUUCUUCAUCGUAAUAAGUUGGGAUGGUUGAGCUCAUGAGUUAGGCGUAAAAAUUUGUUAAUUAUAAUUUUUGUUGUCCGCAUGAUGAUAAUUGGAUUUUUUUAUUUUUUUAGGUAUUACAACUGCUGUCUUAUUCAAUAAAGGUUUUUCAUUGAUAAAACUUUAGUACCACAAUAUUAUUAGCCACAAACUAUACCCAAUCAAAAGCAAAAAAAAAUGCUUACAUAAAUUAAAUACUAUAUAGUAUAGGCUGAUACAUAGGUUAAUAGGUAUAUCUUGCGCACUGAAAUAGACGAGACGGAUCGUAUUACAUAGUUUAUUUGAUCAACUGUCCCGCCAUAGGACGAUCAGUUUGCAGUAUCAUCGCUGCCGAUAUUCUCGACCUCUGAAUAGAAUUUAAAUGUCUGUUUUAAUUUAUUGAAAUGUAGUCGAGGUGCUGUCCAUUGAUUUUUUCUGUCAUCCAAUAAAAUUGGAGUAGAUAUUAACGAACAUAGCCCAGCAAAGAAAGAAGAAUUUGUAUUUGUAUCAACACGACUGUAUGUUUUAUUAUGUCUCCAUGCUAGAAUCUAGCCACUUCAAUUAACUUUUUAUUCCAAGCGGAAUAUUGAAUUUAUAAAAAUGAAUUGAGGAAUAGACUAAAAUAAAUUUUCGAACUGGUGUAAAGUUCAAAUAACAAGAAUUGUAUUAAGUGAAAAUUUUAGAAUAAUAUAUGCGGAUUUCUUCCGUACUGUGAAAAAUGAAAUAAAAUCCUGUACUUACCCACA